AGCUCCUGCCCUCCUCUCAGCCAUCCGCCGUUGCCAAGGUUUCCGUGUACGCGCUGCCAGCGAGAGCGGAGCCGCGCGACUGUCAUACAGUAUUGCCAGACAUGGCGGCGGAUCUACAACCCGAGUGGGUUUCUUGUCUCCCUUCUUCCUGGAGUUAUGGGGUUACUCGGGAUGGACGCGUCUUCUUCAUUAACGAGGAAGCGAAGAGUACAACCUGGCUGCAUCCAGUAAGUGGCGAGGCGGUAAUAACCGGGCACAGAAAAACUCCAGCAGCCUUCUCAAAGAACCUGAAGUCUCUGCAGACUGCGGAGCAUUUGCACUAA